CACAUAUCUACAUUCGUAUGCGGUAUCACCCUUACCAAACUAUAAUGCAGAUUUCCUUAUGACGGGUGUUCUUCAUUGCCAAUUGUUUACAACAAGAACCGCUACUGAGUGAAUACGACAAAAACUGACAUUGAAAAGAAUAAUUAAGUUAAAAUCUGCCUCUGGUACAAGCCAGACAUUAUUAUGAAUGAAUACGAAUAGUCUAAGUAAUCGUCAUAAGAGUCCCGUGAAAUUAUUUGAAGUUCGGCUUUACAAUGCGGAAGCGAAUGUAAUCGUGCUGUAUGGUAAUUCACUAGACUCAGCCGCUAGGCUUUCAGGCAUCGUAGUCCUUUCAAUCUCCCAACCAAUCCGUGUUCGAAAUAUAAAGCUUCGUCUUACUGGUCGGUCUUUUGUUUGCUGGUCAGAUGAAUCUCGGAAUAGCUCCAAUGGUGGUACUAAAAUCCGGCGGCAAGUAAACCAAAUCUUGGAUAGGCAAUGGUCAUUUCUGUCGGGAGACGGUAACAAGACAAUUCAAGACGGUAAUUACGAAUAUCCUUUUGAUUACCAACUUCCACAAGAUGUUCCUGAGUCAAUUGAAGGAGUUCCGGGGUGCCAUAUUGUCUACACUUUGACAGCCUGCUUAGAAAGAGCAACGAUCCCUUCUUCAAAUUUGGAGUCUGCCUUGCAACUUCGGCUGAUCCGAACCAUUCCUCCUAACAGUCUUGACCUCAUGCACUCUAUGAGUGUAAGUGAUAUAUGGCCAUCAAAAGUCAACUAUGAAACGAGUAUACCCUCCAAGGUAUACGCGAUUGGCUCUGAGAUCCCAAUUAACUUGAAAUUAUAUCCUCUCCUAAAAGGACUCGGCAUCGGGAAGGUGACCAUUGUUUUGAAAGAAUAUUGUUCACUUUUUAUAACUUCGAAAGCCUUUUCCUCUACUAGUCGAAAAGACUUCAAGCGUGUUUUGGCUAAAAAGACUGUUCCUGGCCUUGCGAUGAUCGACGACUGUUGGCAAGAUCAAAUAAAAAUUCCGAUCCCUGACUCUUUGGGUGAGUGUACUCAAGAUUGUGAUUUGAAUUGUAUACGCGUUCAUCAUAAGCUUCGUCUUUCCAUCUCUUUGUUAAAUCCUGAUGGUCAUAUAUCUGAACUUAGAAACUCCUUACCUUUGUCAUUAGUGGUUUCUCCAGUUAUGUUUGGAGCUAGACCUGUUGAGGGUGUCUUUUCAGGAAAUCACGCUUCUUAUAUAAACGAAAAUGUUCUGCCUAGUUACGAUCGCCACAUAUUUGAUGUCCUUUGGGACGGUGUUCCUACCGAAAGCACUCCCGUACUCAGUGAACGCACUACUCCUAUUACAAGCCGUCGAAACUCUUCCGAUUUUGGACCAACGAGUCCCAUCCUUAGUAUAAAUACGAAGCCAUUUGCUUCCAACCCGUCCGUAUCUUCGCCUUCUUUAGGAUCUCAACCAAGCUUUUAUAUUGAGAAUUCCACUCAGUCCCCAACUGAUAGAACCGAAUUUCUUUCUCCUAUAACCUCUCCAAUAGCACCGUUUUCUGGUGCAUGUCGUAGAGCUGCUCGCUCUAGAGCCAGCAGUACUUCAUCAUCGUUUGGUGGUUCUCAAAUUCAAGGUUUACAGCCUGAAAACCCUUUUUUGCGUUCAACAUCUCCUAAUCGUGCUCUACCCGUGCGUAGCGUUUCGACGUUAAGUUUACAGGAAUUGGGUAAAUUACCACCUUACUAUGAAGCACAUUCAGCUUUCUCGAAUGUGCUUCCUCUUGACGGGCUUCCUCAUUAUGAACAGGCUACAAGGCCAUCAAGUCCUACCCCUUCUCCUUAUGGCAGUCAAGCUUCGACUGUUGUUGCGACGCCUACGCCUACUGUGCGUGUCUCACCGAUAGAAACUCCUAAUAGAAGUUCACCACGCUCGGUUACAGUAAUAAAAAGUAAGUCCUCAAGUAACCUUACUCAUCACGGGCUUCAUUAACGUUCUUUCGUUGUUCGUUGUUUAUCCGUUCCCUAGUUGUACAGUACAUGGCACUGACUUGCUAUAUCUUAGCUAAGAUAUAAGAAAACUUCAACUACUUAUUUUGUUUGUCACUUUUGAGAGGAAAUUUCUUUUUUUAUUGUGAUUUUGUUUGGUUUUAGUAAACAUUCAUGUGCUUAAUAUAUACCAACAAAAGAACUAAGAACUAGAAAGUCCAACUUUAGGGAUAUAUGAUAAAUCCCUAUAAUUACAAAUGGUUACCAACAAAGAAUAACAGAAAAAAAAGAAAAAAAAAGAAAAAUCCCUUCGGCAUCUCCUUUUAUAAAUGAAAUAUCUAAUGACUGCAUAAACAAUACAUUAAUAAAAAAAUAAUCAUUAUUCGUUAA